AUGAUAAGGGGUUUUUCCUUGAGGUCUGCCGAUGUCAACACCGGGCAUUUAAUCAGUGUGUCACACAGUUCGGACAGGCGGGAUGUUCUGAUCAAGCUCAACAGUGUCACGGCCACGGAGUCCGUGGCCGGAUCCAGCCAGCGCAACGGCGUCAUCGUUCGACGGGCGACAGACGGCCGGCAUCUGGUGCAAACUCUGGAGGAUUGGAACCACCAGGUCCGGGACUGUAGGGUCUCCAGCGACGCGCGGGAGAUUCUAGAUUUCGAGAUGGCUACGGAGUCACGCAUCGCCGAGCACAUCCACCGAGUUGCGGCCGUCUUACCGCCGGCAUCUCCCCGUGACUUCUCAUUCGAAUCGCCCUCCCGGUCCAGGGUCGACUCACAUAAUCUUACAGUCGAGAGGUUGCGUGCGAGCUUUGACGAAGACCAAACAAGUAAAGAUUUCCUUCAUCUGAUGUCACUUACUGAUGUUCAGAGCGCAUUGACAGAAUGCCAAUUGCACCAGCAGCGGCUUGAGAAGGACUUCAACCGACAACCCGCCCACCAAACAGAGGAAGAGGCUGCCACAAAAUCGGCAGAGCGGGGAACUGAUGCCGGCACCAAGCGGGGUAGGCGAUCGGCCUUCAUGAUACCGGGCACGCUGUGGUGCGGCCCGGGCAGCGAUGCCGAGUCUUACCAUGAGCUCGGCGAGGACGGCACGACUGACUCAUGCUGCAGGGAGCACGACCACUGCCCCGACUCCAUCCAGCGAUGGAGCUCAAACUACGGGAUCUUCAACUAUCGCCUGUACGUCCUCAGCCACUGUGAUUGCGACAGGAGAUUCAAGCAGUGUCUUCGUGACGCCAGAACCCGGAAGGCAGAGGUCGUCGCCGACUGGUACUUCAACAUCCUCCAGCUGUCCUGCUUCGAAUUGCACUACAAGCCGACGUGCGUCGAGUACCAGGGAUGGUUCAGCAGAGGCGCGUGCCGGCGCUCCGAAUUGGUCCCUUACGCCGAGAUCGGUACGGUUGGGCCAAUCGCCGUCCAGGACAGAGCUGUUAACACGACGCUGGUUUCCACAUCUGUUGUUCCAGUCACUGACGGUGCCGCUGACGACGAGGAUAAAUCGAGCGAUCAAAGCUUUGUGUCCACGGGUUCAAGUACAAGUGCAGCCAGCGACCAAUGAACCCAAUUGCCGGCAUCUUUUGAUUUCAUCUUUCAACUUAUGGACAAAACAGGUCCAUUUUUUCACUCUCAAUAUUUUACCUCAAGAACAGAUGCAGAUGCAAUGCAAGAGCUCUUUUAAAGCCAUUUACUUUACCUGUAUGUUUUUUUUGUUCAAUACGCAGUUUAUUUUCCAAAGAAAAAAUGGUCCGAGAUUGACAUAACAGGUCAAUUGUGCAUUCCAUCCUCAGGUUUUAAAUACAAAUACAAUGCAACAGGAGUAGUCUGGGGAGGUUUUCAAAUGACAGGCCCUGGUAAACGCGUCUUUGUCAUUUCGAAAAGAGAAACACUUGGUGUCUGUAGAAUAAAAGUACACAGACAUUUUUUUUGUUUGGCUCCUUGAGUCCGACUCGAGUCCCAUAUUCCAUGACUCGGACUCGGGACUCGGAAUCGAGUCACAAUGACAAAUGAGUCGGACUCGGACUUGGACUCGACACUGCGGACUCGGACUUGGACUCAGACUCGACCUGCGUGACUCGGGACUCGACCAGCAUUUACACUGUGAGGUU